AUGAAGCGCAACGGAGACGGUGGCCGAGCCUCUGCCAGGGAUGUACUGCGCACCGCGCGUUUUCAUGUGCAGCAGCUGGGUGCCACGCUUGCCCUAAGCGAGGCCGCCGCGGAUUUGGUCGUCUUCCACCGCGGGAGUGCAUCCUUCUUAGAAGCUGCGCACGUGAAGUUCAAGACGGUGGUUUGUCCAGACUACCUUGCCGCAUGCGUCGCUGCCGAUCAACGCGUGAGCAUAGCCCCCUACGUCGUCAGCGCGACGGCAGCCACGUGCACUACCCCAGCACGCCAGUCUACUGGAACCUCCUCCUCUGCUGUCCCUGCAUCUCACACCUCGGCCGCCUCGCCAGGAAGUGCUCGUAGGGCAGCGACCGCCGCUAGUGACAUUCCGCACAGUACUGGUUGGGGUGCGAAGAGCAGCCGGUCAACUAGACGAGGUGCAGCCGCCGUCCCCUCGCGUGCAACGCGUAGCCCGCCGAAAUGCGGUGCCAAAACGAGCGCACCAGCCGAAGGCCCCACAAACCCUCCUCUGCUUCACCGCUUACUUCUCCUUGACGACGAUGAGGAUGGCGGCAAGGCAGACCACCAGCAGCAACAGCAGCGCGGGCUCGCAACGCUUGCACGGGUGGUGACGGCGAGCAAAGAGGGCGCAGCCGCCAUCACCGCUGCUUCCCCCUCCUGCACUCCCUCAGCUCCCCGGGCCGCGCCCAGCACCCCCACCAACAGCGGCGCCACGAAGCCGCAUCAUCUUAUCGCUGACAUUCAGAACAGCGAGACGAGUGCCAUACGCUGCGCGCCUGGACAGCUCCAAAGUGACGGUGCAGGCGGCCAGCAGAGAAGGCGUGCGGCCCGUGCGAAGCGAGGCGUGCACCAGGAGAGCACGGUGGCGUUCGAACUCGACGAGGAUAUUACCCAGCAGCCGAGUACCGACACCGCCUCUACGCCGCGACUCACCCCGUCUUCUCGAUACGAGGUCGGCGGUUGCAGAAACCAAGGUGUGAGUACCAUGACACUGCCCAGCAGCAGCAGCGGAAACGAACGCGUUGCUGCCGCGGUGGAGAGGUGGGACGCGGAUACGGGGGAGGAAGAAGCGAUUCGCCAUGCAGUGCUGCGCUCCACGGCGACGGCCGCCGUGACUCGGCGACGGGGGCGACCGCACCGAGAAGCGGGCGCCACUCCCCACGCAGCUUACUCGGCGUCGUUGCCAGCGGGCGGGGCGGCCGGCGGCGGCGGCGGCGCGAUGGGAAAGCGCAGCCGAGACCCUUUCUUGAAUUCGGACGGCAGUUCGCGACAGCUGCGGCCACGAGCGGCGCCGGCGCCGUCCCCGAGGGAGUUGAGGGGUGUGAGCGCGGCUGUCACCGAGCCGCUUGCCGCAUCCUCUCGAACGGCCUCCAUCGCUGCCGCACAGCCGCAGACGCCAUCCGCAGCCUCUGUGGCGCCUACCCGAACGACUGCCAAGCGGCCUCGCAGCAGUAGCAGCAGCAGUAGCGUUGCAGACAGCUGUGCGGAGGGGUCGAUCCAUCACACCCGCGCAACGCCAUCUGACACACCACAAGGUAGUCGCCAGAGACGAAGAAAGCAAGAAGAUGCGGGGCACGGCGCAGCCCAUGACGAGGCGAGUAAGUCACUGAAGCGAGAGCAGCAGCAGCAGCGCCAACUUUGCGCGCGACGACGCCGGCGCAUCUCGGGCCGAGGUAGGGCCGAGGUCUUAUCGGAUCUCGAGUGUGCUCCGGCCGCGGAGCUCCCUCUUUCCAUGACCUUCACGGACCUCGCUUUCCUCCGUCGACUGGCCUCGGAGGACGAGAAAGUGGGAGUGACGGCGGCUGGGCUAUGCGUGCUCGUACUCCUCGAUGGCCUCGCAGACGCUGAUGCAGCAGCGGCGACGCUUUCAUCGUUCCUGCGCGACGUCGUGGAACAGCUGGGUGCUACCUGUGUCGUCCUCGGCGGUGACGACGACGACAGCGGAGGUUGUUCGUGCUGGUUUGGCCGACACAAACGCGCUCACGCGGAACGGGUGCGGCGCGCGGCGAAGAAGCCGACGCACCUCGUCGUGAGCCCACACGCCGUGCUCACGCCGGACAUUUUGUUCUGCAAGGCGCUGGGCAUCCCGAUUGUGACGCCGCAGUGGCUCUACGACGCGGUAGCGCUGGGGGCGUUUCCGGCCGUCUUACCGCACGUCCAUGCCCACCCCGUGUACGGAGAUCGGCAGGUGGCGGACGCGGCGGUGGCGGUGGCCGCUCCGGUUACUGCUGCCGGUGUCCCUCGUCGCCACGAGCUCCUUGGAGUCGAGGAGGACGAUGGAGAUGCGGUGGAAGCAAAGGCGGUGCGGGCUGGCGAAAAAGCGGGAACACGGUGUCCUCCACGUUGUGGCGGGUCCUCCACGUUGCGACAGCUCCGUAAAGAGGUGGCGGAAGAGUACGUGCCGGCUGGCGAGCAGGCGAUGCGGCCGUUCUACGUACCUAUCUUUCAAGACCGCAUGUUCUACCUCCACGUUCCCCCGGCGGACCUGGCGAAUGCCAACGCAGCCGGCGGUGGCGCCGGGCCGCCACGCUCAAGUCGAGCGAGUCGCAACGGCCGCAGUGGGAACUACCUGGGAGACGCAACGGCUGCCUUGGCGCAGGUGAAGGAGCUUCUGCGUGUUCUUGGCGGUACGGUGACGCGUAACGUGGGGAGCACAUACCUUGACCUUGUGAUCGACCUGACCGGCUUUUACGAUAACAUGGUGAAGCUGGGGCUGACAGCAAGAGAGCAGCAGUCGCAGCAGCAGCAGCAGCAGGCCCGCGCGCUCCGUGAGUCUCUCAGCUGUGCCUUUCAGGACGCCCUGCAGCGCGUCUCUCUGCAGCCUGUUUCCAUGGACGCCGGUGCUGCUUCGACCGCGUCUCCGACGGCUCCGCCGGUUGUGGGGAUCGCGUGGCUCAUCCAUUCGAUUCUCACGCGUCAGUGGACGGCAACGGACCCAUUUGCGCUGACUGGGCACCCUCUCACUGUGCAGAUUGCGACCGUGCACCCGCGCGCACAGAUCGACGGCACUGAGGCCGCCAGUGCGACAGUGCCUUGCGAAUAUGCGACGGGGAGUGGGGCCGUCGCAGCACCGGCAGCCGAGGAUGCUCUUGUCGCUGCUGGUGCGCCAGCUGCUAUGGGCGCACCAUACACGCACACCCCAUCAGCGCUGCCGUCUCACGAGGAGGCCGCCGAGUCACUGAGCGGUGCUGUCUGGUCAGCCGUGGUGGCAGCAGCCGCUGCUCCGCGCCUCAAGCACACGCGAGGUCCGCAAGCCGCACUGAAGCAUGCGAGUCAUCAGCUCGGCACGCAGGAGAUAGCGGCAAUGCUGAGCGAUGCGCAGCUGCAGUCGGUCGGUGUGUCUGAUGCAGCUACCCCGUCCAUACCAGAGCCUGCGCAUCCACCGCACCAGUCCGUCACGACUCCGUUCUGCAUGGAGGAGGAAGAUAGUCUUGCCUUUGCGCGCAUACAGUACAGCGAUGGCGAUUUUGAUGGCGUCGUGUGA